AUGUCACCAGACCACAAGAAGGCAAAGCCACAAGGAGAGACCGUCACCGGAGCGUAUCCGACUGUCCAACGUUCUCCGCACACAACCCCUGUUGGCGGCGUUGGUGACCUAGGCGGUUGUGGUAGGUUGAAAACGGGUUGGAACCAUAAUAUACUGUAG